AUGAUGCUGAGAGAGGUCAAACCUCGGAAUCCGCGCACUGCGCGGAUUCUUAAAGCUCGAGAACCACAGCUUCUCGAACAUCCAAAGCGUAUUCUUCUUCUCCAUGGCCCCAAGUGCCCUUUUCCUCUUCGCACUAUUCUUAAGACAUUCCAUUCUCUUACACAUCCACACUCGAUACUGUUCCACAAGAAAAACGAAAAUAUCCAUCCAUUUGAAAACACCGAAAGCUUAGAGUUCCUAGCUGCUAAAAACGAUUGCGGUCUCGUCGUUUGGGGCAGCAGCAAUAAAAAACGCCCAAAUUGCAUCACUAUGGUUCGAAUUUUCGACUCAAAAGUUUUGGAGAUGUGUGAAUUGUUAUUAUUAGGAACCCAAGAGCAAAUGGAAAAAGAGAUAGCUGACAGGGGAAAUGGAUGCCACACUAAAUUAAAUAUCGGCUUGGGAAUGAAACCAAUGAUGCUGUUUUUAGGCAGUCUUUGGGACGACCCUGCGUCCCCAGUGUUUGGAAUGCUGAAGCACAUGUUUUUGGACAUUUUCAAAAUUGAAGAGACAGCCAGGAUUGACGUCGAAGGGCUGCAAUAUUUACUCCUAGUUGCUUUGGAUGAGCCAAGGGAAGGCACAACGCCCACACUUCAUUUACGUUGGUAUCGAAUCCUCACUAAGAAAAGCGGCCAAAAAUUACCACGAGUCGAACUAGAUGAAAUUGGUACGAAAUUUGACUUCCGGGUGGGACGUGUACGAGAACCCGAUCAGACUUCCAUGAAAGAGGCCAUGAAGCAGGGCAAAAAACCUCAAGAUCUCGAAAAGACAAAGAAAAACAUUAGUAUGGACUCCAUCGGUGAUAAGAUUGGUCGUGUUCACCUUGGCCGCCAGGACUUGGGUGGCUUACAGACGAGGAAAAUGAAGGGUCUGAAACGAAUGAAUGGGGUUGAAGAUGAAGGGGAUGAUGUAGAUAUGAUGGAACUUGACGAAACAGCUAAAGGUGAUGUCAAUAAAAGACCCAGGAUGGGUUAA